GAGAUGGGUGGAGUGAAAGAGAGGAAGAGACACCAGGAGCAGGGAGCACGAGUCUGUCUGGAGGAACAGGUAGAAGUUGGAAAGUUUUCAGCUUAGUUUUGAUAAACUCAGCAAGCACAUAUACCUGCUCAGAUCUCCUCAGUAUUUUAGGAGAUGGCGAGGAAACGUGUCUCUACAGGUGGACCUCUUUGUGUUUGAGAGACAAGACAAAGGAAAGCUUUGCUUUACAGACAGAGAGCAUCACUGAGAUUGCCUUCACUACCAUUCCAGCAUCAACACUGAAGAUUAGACUGGAUGUACGAGUCUGACCAUGCAGUCAGCUGGACUGGAGCAAGAAGACUGCUUCGAUUUCUUGUUCAAGAUUAUUCUAAUCGGAGACACAGAUGUUGGCAAAACGUCUGUGAUUCAGAGGUUUAAGACUGGGAACUUCUCUGAGAGGCAGCAGAGCACUAUCGGAGUGGACUUCAUUGUUCGCACCCUCAACAUCCAGGGCAGAAAAGUAAAGAUGCAGGUUUGGGACACGGCAGGGCAGGAGCGUUUCCGCACCAUCACACAAAGCUACUACCGCAGUGCACAUGCAGCUAUGAUCACCUACGAUAUCACCCGCAAAUCCACGUUCGACACUAUACCACAGUGGGUCCAAGAGAUGGAGCAGUAUGGAGCUGCCAAUGUCCUACUGGCCCUCAUAGGUAACAAGUGUGACCUGGAGUCUGAGAGACAGGUUGAGUUUAAUGAAGCAUGCACACUGGCAAAGCAGAAAGGAAUUGUAGUUGCACUGGAAACCUCAGCAAAGGAAGCCCAGAACGUGGAUCAGGCCUUCAUCGUGAUGGCGCGUGAGCUACUGGCGUGCAAUGGACUAGCUGUAAAGGAGGACGGAUAUCACAUGGAUUCUCCGCGCAUAUUACUGCGUUCCAACACCAAAACGAUUGACAGCCCCAUAAACACAGUGGAGAAAAAGGCAUGCGAGUGCUAACACUGGACUCAGAGUUUACACACCUAUCAUUCUGAAAGAAUUUGUGCUCAUUCCAUACUAAAUCCAGUUGAUUUGUUAUUACGAACAUUGUGUCUUCUCAGUGUCUGACAUCAUUUUACUGUCAUUGGUCAGACACCAUCUUUUAUACAGAUGUAAGUCAAAAUACUCCCAUAUUAAUAAGAUAAAGUAGAUACAGUUGAGCAGGCUAAUCUCUCAAUAACAGCCCCUUCCUAUAUAUAUAUAUAUAUAUAUAUAUAUAUAUAUAUAUAUAUAUAUAUAUAUAUAUAUAUAUAUAUAUAUAUAUACACAUACACCAAAUUAAAUACAUUUAUGUAAUAACACCAUAAAUAUUACUAAGGAGCAUGCAUUGGCUAUGAUCCACUAGUGAGCCAUCAAAUGUCCACAGAUUUUUAUCCAUCCAUUAUCCAUAGGAUUUAUAAUCAGCUGGAUUCUAAAUAAACCGUCCUCUUUUGAGACAAAAGUGCAAAACACUAUUCCUCAAACUUGUUCCAUGACCUUACCUUUAUAAUAAAUGUGCUUUAAAGUUUAACUGUGAGUAUGAUCAACCAUAAAUACAGGUUUCUGGCCAGACAGUUGAACAUUUAAAUUGGGUUUACUGUACAAAUAAAGGAAAUGAUAAUGCUGAACAUGGAGGUAUUUGAUCCUGUCACUUCAGCUAUUUAUCCCUUUGAGGUACAUUUUGACGUAGUUAAUGUUUUUGUAGACACCACAAAGUGUUACUGAGGUUGAUGUAUGUCUUGGCUGAAAUGUGAGUGUGAUAUUAAACUCUGUUCACGUAA